CAGACCCACUCUAAGGGUGAAGCCAUCUUAGAGCCCGAGCCCUUCGCUUAGCGACAGGCCCCGCCCCCCAGCUUUAGGCCCUUCCCCUUAGCAGAAUCCUCCCCCUUAGGGACCAGAUCCGCCCCAGGGGGGAAGCCAUCUUCUUAGAGCCUGAACCCUUCUUUAGCUAGAGACCCCGCCCCGGUAGCGCUAAACCACGCCCUCAAACACUGCGCGCACGCGCUCUCUUUCCCUUCUCCGGGGUGUGGUCCGGGCGGGCGCGGGCCUUUCCCUCCUUCCUCCUCCCCCCGCUCCGCGCGCCGGGGGCGGGGCCGUGCUUGCAUCCGGGGAGCCGGAAGAGAGCGGUGCCCCUCCCCCUCCCGCCUGCCCGGCGCGGCCCUCCCCCGCCCCACCCUCCCCUGUGUCCGCGUCCGUCCUUCUGUCCGUCCGUCGCGAGGGAGGAGGCCCCGAGGCCAGUGGGAGCAGGAAGAGGUAUGGACCCCCGUCCCCCUCCACCAGCCCCAGGCGCCUCUCCUCGGGGCCGGGGCCGGGGCCGAGGCCGGGGCCGGGGCCGGGGCCGGGGCCGAGGCGGCGGGGCCGCUCCCAGGGCCCCGCUGCCCUGUCCUACCUGCGGCCGCCUCUUCCGAUUCCCCUACUACCUGUCCCGCCACCGGCUGAGCCACUCGGGCCUGCGGCCCCACGCCUGCCCCCUGUGCCCCAAGGCCUUCCGCCGGCCGGCCCACCUGGCCCGGCACCUGCGGGGGCACGGGCCUCAGCCCCCCCUGCGCUGUGCGGCCUGCCCGCGCACCUUCCCGGAGCCGGCCCAGCUGCAGCUGCACCUGGCCCAGGAGCACGGCGGCGGCGGGGAGCCCGCGGGCACGGAGGCCCCGGGGGGCCGGGAGCCCGUGGCCGAGCCGGCCCCCACCGCGGGGCCCCCCGAGGACGCCCAGGAAGAGGCGGCCGAGUUGGCGCGGGCGGCGGCCGGCCGCGGGGAGGAAAAGGAGGUCCUGCUUCAGGCCGACUGGACCCUGCUGUGCCUCCGCUGCCGGGAGGCCUUCCCCACCAAGGGGGAGCUGAAGGCUCACCCGUGCCUGCGGAGCUCGGGGGGCCGGGCGGGCCCCGACGGGGAGCCGGGGCCCCCCCCGCGGCCCAAACGCCACCAGUGCUCCGUGUGUCUCAAGGCCUUCGCCAGGCCCUGGUCGCUGUCCCGGCACCGGCUCGUCCACUCCCCGGACCGGCCCUUCGCCUGCCCGGACUGCGGCCUGGCCUUCCGCCUGGCCUCCUACCUGCGGCAGCACCGCCGGGUGCACGGCGCCCUGAGCCUGCUGGCGCCCGCCCCGGCCCCGGCCCGGCCCGACAAGGAGGAGAGAGGCGUGGGGGGGCCCUCCAAGGGCUGGAACUUUGCCCGGGGGGCGGACGCGCAGGGGCAGCACGGAGAAGACGGGGCCGGCCUCGAAGGAGAGCGGGCGUCCGGGCCCGGGGAGGAGCCGCCGCCGCCGCCGCCGCCGCCCGUGGAGCCCCGUUUCCGGUGCCCGGAGUGUGGCAAAGGCUUCCGUCGGCGCGCCCACCUCCGCCAGCACGGCGUCACCCACUCGGGAGCCCGGCCCUUCCAGUGUGUCCGCUGCCAGCGGGAGUUCAAGCGCCUGGCGGACCUGGCCCGCCAUGCCCAGGUGCACGCGGGGGGCCCUGCCCCGCACCCCUGCCCCCGGUGCCCCCGCCGCUUCUCCAGGGCCUACAGCCUGCUGCGCCACCAGCGGUGCCACCGGGCCGAGAUGGAAGGGGCCCCGAGCAGGGCUCCGGCGCCCGACGAGGCCGUCGUCCCGCCUCCUGCGGAGACGGUCGAGGACCCCCCUUCGCCCCCCUCUCCCUCUCGGACCCCCCCGGCGGCCCCCGCCUACCUCAGCGCCUCCUGCUUUGACAGUCAGGACCACUCAGCCUUUGACCUGGAGGAAGAGGAAGAGGGGGCCCCCGGGGGGGCAGGGAGGGUGCCCUCCUGACACUCAGAACCCCCCAAACUCGUUUUUUGGCCACCCCGAUUCCCUCUGCCCCUUCGAAGUUCACCCUCCUCUUUAGGUUCCAGCGGCGGAAGAAAGAGCAGGUUGGGGUGGGGCGGGUCUCCCCGGGGAGCGGCCCCCCACCCCCACUGCAGGCUCGAGCCCUCUCCCCACACUGACCCGGAGGCCCCCCGCCAGCACCCCGAUGACAGUUCGGGGCCACUUCCCAGCGGAGCUGAUGACGGGGCUUCUCCGCUUCCCAGCCCGGCCCUUCCAGGAGAGUGGGGUGCGGGGAUCCCGGGGUGCGGGCUCGGGGCCGCGUCUGUCCCCUCUUCCCAUGUCUGUCUAUGAAUAAACGCGACUGUGGAGCCCAGA